UUUUUGAUUUAAUUAUGAUUUUGCUCAGCAGAGAGUAGAAUAUCUCAGAAUAAUAUUUAUAUUAUCACGUAUAGAAACACUCUUCGAUCCAAAAGAAAAACAUUGUUGCUUAUUCGCAGUUUUAAAAUACGUUAGUAAGUACCACUAUUGUGCCAAACGCAGUUCUGACACGCCGUGCCGUUGCGACAUCAGUGAUCAUCAACUGCAACCUAACGGCAAUCUGUGACCAUGGACAUACUGAAUGUAGUAUUAUUGGCAUUAUUUGCUUGCGGAUCGUUUGCUAUACGCGUUCCGAAACAUGAGUAUAUAAAAUCAAUGGAAAAAGAUGAAAAUUUCUUAUUCAAAGGAAAAAGAUGGGUAGUUUUAGUAUCCGGUUCGAGUGGAUGGAGUAAUUACAGACAUCAGGCGGAUAUAUGUCAUGCCUAUCAAAUAGUUAAAGCUAAUGGAAUACCGGAAGAGAACAUAAUAACGAUGAUGGUGGACGAUAUUGCAUAUAACCAAAACAAUCCAACGCCAGGAAAGAUAGUUAACCGUCCUGGUGGACCAGACGUAUACGAAGGAGUAGUGAUCGACUACAAGGGAAUAGAUGUAAAUAGCACAAAUUUCUUAAAUAUACUCAAAGGAAACAAAACUGGUAUGCGGAACAUUGGAAGCGGUAAAGUCAUUGAAGGUGGGCCUCACGAUAGAGUUUUCAUCAAUUUUGUGGAUCACGGUACAACUGGAUUAUUAGCUUUUCCGGAUGAUUAUUUAUACGCUGAUCAAUUGAACAAUGCGCUUAAAUACAUGUUUGGAUCUUCGAGCUAUAGAAAGAUGUUGUUGUAUAUUGAAGCAUGUCAUGCAGGCUCUAUGUUUGAUGGGAUACUCCAAGAUAACACAGAUAUUUUGGCUGUAACUGCAUCUGGACCAAGAGAAAACUCGUAUGGAUGCUAUUGUCGGUAUGAACCAUAUGGUACAUGUCUUGGCGAUUUAUUUAGUGUGACGUGGAUGGAAGAUUUAGACGCGACAGUAUCCAAUUGUGAAAAAAGAACCGUUUUCAACGACUUUAAAGAGGUGAGAACAAACGUUACCCGGAGCAAUGUAAUGAUUUACGGUGAUUUCAACAUCGGUCAUGAAAAACUAUCUGCGUUUAUUGGCUAUCAAAAAAGUAACAACGAGUUGAUUACCAAUUCAAAAUCUGGAGAACUAAUUAAAAAAACAUCAAUAUCCAGUCGAAAUAUUCACGAAAAUACAUUACAAUAUCAAAUAUCGGACAAAAAGCAAUCGAAAGACAUGGCUAAAAUGCACGAAUUGUCAUUAGAAUUACGUCACAACAACAAAAUGAGACUCAUCAUAGAUACUGUUUUCCGGAAAAUUUAUUCAAUGGUCGUUAAGUCGAGACCUGACAUAAAGGAAAAGAUUGGCGAUCUCGACGAUCCCGAACAUUUGAAUCUUACGUUGGACAUUUUUCCGUGCUACAGAAGUAUUUUGAAUAAAAUUUCUCAAACCUGUUUUUCCUUACCCCGAAAUCCUUAUGUACUGGACCGAUUGACAAUUUUUGCCAACUUAUGUGUUGUCGACAAACAAAUACACCAGAUGGUCAGCAAUGCCGUUGAUGUAGCAUGUUCGGAUAUUCCAAAAUCCAUCAACAACGUAUUUUAAAACCCUUUUAAUAUUCAUAUCAGAAUAAAUUGAUAGUUAUUAUUGUAGUAUUUGUUACACUGUAA